AUGGGACAUGAGGAGCAUGGAGGGACUUGGCACAUGGACGCAGCUCAACUGGAUACGCAAAGGAAGAAGGGAGAAGCCAUCUUGAAGACCAGCUCGAGCGUCUCCUCGAUCGAGCUGAGAAGUCAACAGUCAAACCCGAAAAAUAGAGAGCCAAGGAUUGAGAAGCCACGUCUUGAGAGGGCUAGAGUUGAGAAACCACGUUCUGAUAGACCACGAGCUGAUCGACUUGUUCAAGCCCCUUGUGUGCUUGAUGAAGAGAGCCUUCAAGCUUUGUUUGAUGAGCCACUAGGAAGGGCUCUAAAAGAAGGGGAGGAUGUAGCCUCUAAGGCAAGACCAGGGGAUAAAAGAAAAGAUCCACCAGCUCAGGCCCCUUCAUCAAGCCAUCUCAGCUCACAAUGA